AUGCUCUCCUUGCCCAAACGUACAAAGACUAACCGUCCGGCCAGUCCAACUACCGUCAACCUCGUCAUUGUCAUCACUAUAUCCAUCUCUGCCUUGGCAUGGAUAAUAGCCUUUGUAGGGUCUAUUGCCGCUUCACAAUCAAUAGAACAUUUCCCCAAAUUCACUUGGUGGGGAUUGGUCUUUCAACUUUUUGUGGUGAUUAUAAUCCCAGUAGCAUAUUAUUUGGGCUUGUUGCCUGUUUACAGAAACUUUCUAAUGGCAUCAGUCAUAAUUGCAUUUAUCUAUUCCUCAAAUUCAACUAACAAUAUGAUCUAUUACUCAAGCUCUUCAACUUCUGCUGCUAGUACCGGGUUUAUCCUUCUUAGUAUGACCAACUUUCUUUGGUUGGUUUAUUUGGGUUCAGAUGAGUCUUCCCCCAUUGUGGAAUUCAUCGAUCAAUAUGGUAAACCUAUCAAUAUAAUCGAAAGGAAAAGGCUUAGUAUCUCCACCCAGAAUAGGCACAAUAGUAACAACUAUAAAAGUAGUGGUAGUAACGUCGUCUAUCAGUCAACCGCUUACGUGAAUCACAAUCAGUCAGACAUUUAUAGCAACAUGGAAGAUUCUCAUGAAUUGGCAGGAUUCGAAAACCCAGUUAGUGAAUCCUUAGAAACUCCUCAAAUGUCGGAAUUUAACGAUUCUGCAUUCAGACAAUCAGGCAUAUUGCCCGUAAUUCAGAUCGAUCCAAAUAACAACGGAACAGGUACAAAUCUAACAGGAAUAUCAUCAGUCUCCAAAUAUAUGGAGUCGUACCCUAUAUUGGUCAGAGGAUUAUACGACUAUAAUGCCAGUCCUGAUGAUGUUAAUGAACUAAGCUUCAAAAAGGGAGAAAUCUUUAGAGUAAAAAAUACAAACGGUAACUGGUGGCAGGCAAAGAAUAAAAAGGGUGAAAUCGGUAUGUGUCCAAGUAAUUAUCUUGAAAUUGUAACUUAA